UUCACUUUCAAAACUCAAAAUUUACUUAUACGUUUAAUUCUAGAGAACCAUAUGAGCCAAAGCCAAUCUUGGGCGCUACACUGACAACGCUGAGCGGCAAAUCCAUUCCCAUGGAUGUUGUGCGAAUACAGCAACAAAAUCAAAUACUGUAUUCCUUCCUUUCCGUUGGUUGGGGACUCAUCUCAGAUAUUGAUAUCGAAAGCGAACGCCUACGUUCGCUUGGCUAUCAAAGAUUUACAAUUUGGACCUUACAUCGCCUUAUAAGUUUACGUACAUAUCGGGGCAAAGUGUCAUAUCUUCCAAAGGAUAAUUUUUACAUGGAAAGCGAUAUAAUAUCGCUAUCGGCGGCAGAUCCACUGCCAUUGAAGCAUAGUAGAAGUUGCAAUACCUGUUUGGAUAAACUGAACAGGGGUUGUUUUCAAUCCAAUGAAUGCAUUGAAGCAAGCAAAUAUUAUGAUGUAAUUUCACUACAAAACUCGCUGAAUCAAUCACUGCAUUCACGUUGCGACAGUUGGUUUUCACCUGGCUCCUGUCGCAGUACUUACCAUUCCGUCUCGGAAAGUAUUUAUCAGAGCGUAGAAGGUGAUAGCGACAGCGAAUCGCGGCGCCUACAUCUCAGCAAUUUGAGUGUAAAUUUUUGUGGUCCAACAGGUAAUGCGCCAACGCUUGAGGAGCCCGUACCCGACGACUGGAUUGUGGAGGAAGGUGAAUUCGUCAUGGUACAGGCAGCUUAUCAAACACAUUUGGGUAGUGAUUGUUUUUUUGUGCCACAGGCAAAAUUCAAUGACGGCAUCAUUUAUGUGGUCAUCAUACGUACCGGCAUAAGUCGUUCGCAGUUAUUGAACUUCAUGAUGGGCAUGAGUUCUGGCACGCAUGUG